AAAACAAAACAUUUCUAUGAGUUCCAAUUACUGUAUGACUGGAUGUAAAAAUUAAAAACUCCAAGACUUUUGCAUGGAGAUCACAGCAUUUCAGACAAAUAUUAAGGGCAAAAAAUAAAUAAAAAAAUAAAACACUUAUUUUUCAAAUAUAUUUUGUCCAUCAAGUCUCUGAGGAAAAGAUAAAUGCAUCACAACUAUGACACUAGACGAAUCCACUGCAAAAAGGAUAAGCGAUUCAGAAAAAAACCAGCUGCUUUGAAGCAUGUCAACUACCCUAUUGAAAUUUAAAAUACUGCACAACAUUUCCUACAUUUCAAAUGAUGUCUGGGUUAGUAUAUGAGUCCUCUACGUUCCUAAGUCAAACACUGAAGUGCUACAAGCAACUGGUUUAACAACUGCAGAGGGUGUCACCAGUUCAGAUAUUUGGCUCCCACAUGUGGCAAGAAGUUAUCAGUUGUAACAGGAAGGCUGUACAUCAAAGUUAGACACGCAAGUCUAGGACUUGUAUGACGAAAUCCCACUGACUGAAGGCACCAAACGCUGAAAACAGAAGUAGCAAUUGAAAACACCACACAGAAACAAGAAGUACCUGACAAAGGUUUUAAUUUAAAAUUCACUCCAGAUUCACUGACAUCUCACUGAGAAAGUUAUGCUUCCGCAAACCAGAAAAACCAGACCGCAAAAGACUAAACACAGACAGCAGUGAAGGGUCGAUGUCUGAUCAUGUUGGAGGAGCACAAGGAACACGGAGACAGAAGCGGUAACAUUACCACAUUUCACAGCAAUGAAUUCUAUCCUGCGAUUAUAGAUGAAGACUCUGGACAUAUUGAAGACAUGUCAAAAAAGCACGGGAGCAACUUUCUCACCAAGGUACAAGACAGUGCACUCAGAAAAAUCUUCUGGAAGGGCCUUAGUAUUCUUCCCCUUCAUCUGGCUGCCUCUUACAGAAGAGUAAAGUGCAUGCAGAGCCUGCUGUUAACAGGGGCGGACCCAGAAAUGAGGGACCACCUCGGCCGAAGCACACUGCACUUGGUGAUCAUGAGUUGGCCGAACAUCCUGGCUACUCGGCCAAAACCAGAUUCCAAGUUCCAGACUACUGUGAACAGUGCACGAAGGCAGGCAGAGGCCUGUCUACAGCUCCUCUGUCAGUAUGGUGUUAACAUUAAUGCAGAGAUGGAGGGGGAGAGUCACCAGACAGCUCUUCACCUGUCUGUGCGCUACGCUGCUCUGUCUGCUGUCCAUAUUUUGGCCAGUUAUGGAGCUGAUUUAAAUGCUGUGGACAGCAGUGGGAUGACACCUCUGCAUAUGGCCGCUGGGAUCCUCCACAAGGGCAUUAUAACCAGCUUGAUCAGGCAGGGAGCAGACAUCAACAUGGGGGUGAAGCACUCUGGAAACACUCCUCUGCACCUAGCGUCUACAGCAAUGGCUAUGAAGACAACUAAAACCCUGGACACCAGCUGCAUCUCUGAGCUGCUGGAGCACGGGGCCGAUCCCAACACAGAAAACAAGGCUGGAAUGACACCUUUACAGGAGGUGUGCAUCAUGGGCAAUGAGGAGAUGGUGGACCUGCUGCUCAGGUACGGAGCUGACAUCAGCAAGCUGAGCCAAGCAGGAGAAAGCUGUCUGUUUUUGUUCCUGAACCACACGCCUAAUGUAAGAAACAGCUCUCUGCUGGGGAAACUCCUCAGCCUGACAUCCCCACUCACCAUCUACAACCACAAAGGCCACCUGCCCUCGACCUUGACGCUAGCAUGCUUCUUUAAGCAGAGAGACCAGCUACUAAAACUCAUUCAGCAGCCAAGGAGGCUUCAGGAUAUUUGUAAGAAAGAUAUUUAUCUGAAACAUAUCCGAGGUAAGAUAGGAGAACAGAGUAAAAUGCUGCCUGCCAAGUUAUAUGACUUUGUCUUCAAUUGCUGGAACAAUACACACAUCUCCUUUGUGGCUGAUAUUGAACAGGAUUCUAUUAAUAAUAUACUUGGUAUGACCUGAUAAAUGUGCGUCGGUGCAAACUGCCUGUGACAGCAAAAGUUUACGUUCUUCUACAGAGAAAUCUUAAAUCGGAUAACCUCAAACAAACGGUGUCAAACCACUGCUAAUCAAAUAAAAUCUAUCA